AUGGAGGCAACAGUUAUUCGACCCCACAGACCGAUCAACUCUGAAUUGUACGCGUUGGAAAGGGCCAAGCGGGUCAUGUACGGCCGCGUCAUCGCACCAGAGGACAAGGACAAGAAGAAGCAAGACCCAGCCGGGGGCGCCAACGCAACGGAUGACCAGGUGAGUGGUCACCGUGUCUUGCGUUCUGCUCAUCCUCCCUUGUUGAUCUCGGGUGUCUUUCGGAACGGACAAACAGGCUUUGGAAGAUUGAAGAAACAACAAAGGAACUGA